AUGUUGGGAUCGCUGAGGCGGCGGUGGGACGUUUACAAGUACCGCUUCGUGCCCUGGCUGGCCCUCAACCUCCGCCGCAAGCGCAGGACCCUCCGAUAUGUUCCCGAAAGCUCCCAAGACAAAAUUCUCUCUGAUGAAGAUGUCUUUGAAACACUAAUGAAAAUAUUUAAAGCUCUGUUUAUAAAUGAUUUCAGUAGACAAGCACAUAUUUUGGCCUUACUUCCAGAAAUCAAAUGUAAAUACCUGGAAUUACUGACUGUUGAGCAGAAGCGAUCAAAAGUAAAUUCAUGUAACCAUCAGAGUCAACAUGUGUUUAGUCCAGAGGAAGUUCUGUUUAAUACACUAGGGUUCAGUAUUACUCGAGACCGAAGUUCACUGGUGUCUGCUGGAACUGGAGUCUUUGUUACCAAAGGUUUUGUACCGAAGGGGACGGUUGUAUCUAUGUAUCCUGGUACAGUAUACAGAAAGCAUGAGCCCAUCUUUUUCCAGUCCCUUGGCAAUCCCUUUAUUUUUAGGUGCAUAGAUGGCGUCCUUAUUGAUGGGAAUGAUAAAGGACUGUCAAGAUCAGUGUACAGGUAAGCAGUCAAAAGAAAUAGGGGAUUGUUGCUCAACUGA